AUGCCAAGAAAACGCAAAGGGGCUGAUUUGAGCCGUAAUACAAGUAGGUCCAGAAGUGUUAGAGAUAAAAGAUCCCAAAGAACCGGAGAACAAGUCCAGCAACAAAAUGCUGAUGCACGUGAGAGCAUUCAGCAAUUGUGUCAAGAACAAUCAGAAAAUACACGAGCUGAGCGCAAUAAAGUUAUACGUUUAGAACAACGACAAUCACGCCGUUUUACGGUUAAUAGACGAAGAACAAAUGACCAACAACGCUACCAGGUACAUCGUGCAUUUACAUCUGAUUCAUUUUUGCAUAUAUCAUUCCAGUACGAGUCCGAUAUUGAAUAUUAUGCUCAUUCAAAAGUGGUAGUUGGUGCUAUGGAUAAGGAAUGUCCGCAUUGUCAUGCUCUCAAUUCAAAAAUGAGCUACCUGGGAUGUGUUGCAAUUAAAACACCACCUGAACCAUUGAAUGGUUUACUUACUAUCGGCACGGAUCCAGAUUCUAACCAAGCUGAAUCGAAAACAGCUUGUCGCGCAACUUCCCGAGUAGCUGAUCCUGUACAUCUUCAGCAAUAUUACAAAUUCGACGGGCAACAGUAUCAUUUUGAUAGGGGUAUUAACUUCAAUUUUUUGGCAAAAUUAUCUCCAAACAUAGUUACUACAAUUUGA